AUGGCAAUGCGAAGACCGCAUGGCAAGGCAAAGGCCAAGGCCAAGAUGGGCGUCGACGACAACCCCAUGGAUCCCGAGGAGCUGAAACAGGUCUUCCAGAAAAUUGACCUUGACGGUAGCGGAACCGUCGAGAUGGAGGAGAAGCUGGGCAUACGCUGCAGCAAAAACUCUUUGAAGAAGGUGUUCAAACUCAUAGACACGGACGGCAGCGGUGCGAUCGACUUCGAGGAGUUCAGCAUCUUCUUCGCCAGGGUUAGCAACCCCGAGAACAUCAAGGAGGUUCUCUCAGAAGCCAGUGCGGCCUUCCUUGACUAUAGGAACAGCGUGGAGCAAGAUCCCUCGUUCGCAAAGCACUUCCCCAUGCCGCCGAGCAUGAACAGCGUAGUGAAGUACUCCAGGCACUUCAACUCGACUGUGGAAUCUGUCCGGUGGGUGGGGGAUGGCACCUACCUGGGUGCCACGGGUGAGGGCAAGGCCUUCAGAAGCUUUGUGGAGUGCAGCGUUAGGGUGUGGGGGUUUAGGGUUUAG